AGUUCAGCAACCGAGCGGAUUUUACUCUUCUUUUACCCUCCCUCUCUCUCUCUCUCUCCAUCCAGCCCGCGGACACACAAACACUGACUGCUCCUCUGACUUGUUUUUUUGUGUGCUGUUGUUGUAUUUCUUCACGGAGCAUUUUUGUGUCUUUGAGCCUAUUUCUUCAUCUGACGCGCUCUGUUUUCCUUGUUGGGGGAAUCGGGUUUUCCGUUUGGAUUUUACGCACUUCUCUGUUUUCAUCCCACCUUGUGGAGCUCCAGAGCUCUGUGCCCUGGACGCCCCGUGCCGACACGCCAUGGCGCGUUUGUUUCUACCGUGUCUCCUGCUGCUUGUAUCCGCGCAGACGGCCCUUUCCAAAGGGGUCUUCGAGUUGAAGAUCAACUCCUUCACCAGCUCGCGCGGCGUCUGCAGCUCCCCGUCCCGGGACUGCCAGGUCUUCUUCCGCGUGUGCCUCAAGCACGCACAGGAGGUUAUCAACCCGGAGCCGCCUUGCACGUACGGCACAGCGCUCACAGAGGUCUUCGGCGCCGACUCCAGCUCCAUCUCCGGGAGCGCGCCCGUCAGGGUGCCCGUUCAGUUCAAAUGGCCGGAGACUUUCUCUCUGAUCGUUGAAGCCUGGAACGCGGAGUCCUCCGGGCUCGAGUCUACAGACAACCAGAACAACCUGAUCAGCCGUCUGGCGAUGCGCCGCAGGCUGGCGGUCGGCGAGGAAUGGUCCCAGGACGUGCACUUUGGCGACCAGAGCGAGCUGCGCUACUCCUACCACGUGGUGUGCAACGAGCACUACUACGGCGCCGACUGCUCCGCCUUCUGCCGCCCGCGCAACGACACCUUCGGCCACUACGCCUGCGACGAGGAGGGCAAACGCCGCUGCCUGGACGGCUGGGCGGGAGAGUACUGCUCGGACCCCAUCUGUGCCCCGGGGUGCAGCGAGGAGCACGGCUUCUGCGAGGCUCCCGGCGAGUGUGUGUGCCGACAGGGCUGGCAGGGCGAGCGCUGCGACGAGUGCGCCCGACACCCCAACUGCGUCCACGGGACGUGCCAGCAGCCCUGGCAGUGCAACUGCCGGGAGGGAUGGGGUGGCCUGUUCUGUAACCAAGACCUGAACUACUGCACCAACCACAAGCCGUGCCAGAACGAUGCUUCGUGCACCAACACCGGCCAGGGCAGCUACACCUGCGUCUGCCGUCCCGGGUUCACCGGCAAAAACUGCGAGACCGAGACCAACGAGUGUGACAGCAACCCUUGCAAGAACGGCGGCAGCUGCAAAGAUUUAGAGAACGAUUAUUCGUGCGAGUGCCCUCAGGGUUUCUACGGGAAGAACUGCGAGAUCAGCGCCAUGACGUGCGCCGACGGGCCGUGUUUUAACGGAGGAACCUGCGUCGAGAACGCCGCUGGCGGGUACACCUGCCGCUGCCCUGCAGGGUACACGGGCUCCAACUGCGAGAAGAGGAUCGACAAAUGCAGCAGCAACCCCUGCGCUAACGGCGGUCAGUGUUUGGACCUCGGUAAACACUUCAUGUGCCGCUGUCGUGCUGGCUUUACCGGCUCUCGCUGCGAGACCAACAUUGACGACUGCGCUGGCAACCCCUGCCGCAAUGCCGGCACCUGUGUCGACGGCAUCAAUGACUUCACCUGCACGUGCACGCUCGGCUUCAGCGGCAAGGACUGCUCUGUGCGCACCAGCCCUUGCGACCAUUUCCCCUGCGACAACGGCGGCACGUGUUACACCCACUUCACCGGCCCCGUGUGCCAGUGUCCGCUGGGCUUCAUGGGCGCACGCUGCGAGUACAGUGCUACCAGGGGCCCUCCAACAGCGUCCCCGAGUGACUACAGCAUGAUUGCAGCUAUUGUCCUUGGCCUGGUGACGCUGACUCUGCUGGUCUUCGCUGCCAUCCACAUUCUGCGUCAGCUCCGACGGGGCAGGCAGCUAAGGGCCAUUACCAUGUCGGUGAAGAACGAUCUGGAGACGGUUAACAACCGCAAUGCAGUGAUCGGUGGGGGCGGACCCUAUAGCAGGAGCUUACCCGGAGCUCCACUGGGCGGCCUGCGAGAGAAGGAGGCCUUCCUCAUCAUGGGAGGACAACUCAAAGUGUCCAACAAGGAUGCAGCGCUGGUGGAGAACGGCGGAGACAACAUGGCCAUUUUUAAAAACAAGAUGGCAGACUGUAACCUGGCGAAAGACGAGCAGCGGCUGGCCAAGAACAAGUUUGACCUUAAGAAGUGUGACUCGUCCAUAAUCAUCCCUCCGCUCAGCUUUGCAAAGGACAGUCUGUAUCAGAUGGAGCAGUGUGUGUUUGCUACUGAGGUAUAACGUCCGGUUUCUUCAGACUACCAGCGGAGGAAGUUUUUCGCUGAAGGCCUGAACAUGUUUUCUGUCCAGAGGAUCUAUUCCGCACACAUUAUUUUAUAUUUAAUAUUUAUUACUGCUGCUCAACUGAAAGAAACAAAAAGAAAGGACUUUUUUUUUUUAACUUCUUUUCUGCUUCGAUAUUGACAAUGUUCGGAUGACAAUGAUUCUGAAAAGAAAGAGAGAACAGCGGAGGAGAGUGAAGAGGAAAAGAGUGAAUGUCCGGCAUCAUUUGCACUAUUUAUCUUUGUUUUUAUAUAUACUUUAAAAUCUUAAUAUAAUACUUCUGUCUGUAUAUCUGAAUUUUUUUCUUUGGAACAAUAUGUGAAACAAGAGGACGUAACAAAUUUGGAUCUAUCCACCAAUCCGGAAAGACCGGUGCCUUAGCUAUGCUCCCUAAUCACCGUGGCUACCGUUUCCUGUACAAUCUCACAACAUGAUGUCAAUCAAAAUGGUCAGAGGACCUGCUCACAGGAACGGGAGACGGAACAUUUUAUUUUAGGUCAAACAACCUGAACUUUUUACUGUCUAAAAGCCAAACUAGACAGUUUGUGAGUCUGAGACUGUUGAAGCGUCACAUUGUGGCCUGUUGGAAAAAGAAUUACAAUCACAUCCAGUCCUAUGAACUGUAAAGUGCCUCUUCUUCAGAAAAACUGCAACGGGACUUAAAUCCAAGACUUGGGAUUUGAGGACGAAUGAGUGGAAGUUUUUUUUUUUUAUUUGUAUCGCAUAUUCAAAUCCUGUCUUUACGAGUCCAUUCAAAAUCCACUGGAGCCUUUUUUUCUACUGGUGAUGUAUUUUUAAACCUAUCAUACGUACUCCUCCCAGAGCAGGCUAAUGAUGCUUCAGGUGAAUCAGGGAGAGUUAGUACCUCUAUCAACAUCCAGCUGUUUCCUGCACUUUUAACCUCAUGAACAAAUAAUCUACCUUUUGACAAUUUGAGGAUAUAAAAGACAAGCGAAAGUGUGUCAACUGGCUGGAUUAAAAUGUCCAGCCGAGUUGGAUUCAUCUUACAAAUCAAAUCAAUUUUUGUUCCGUUUGUCUUCCUUGGAUUGUACUUGCUUUCCAAGUUUUCCAAGUUGCAGUUUCCCAAGUCUUUUCUAUGAAUCAAAAUCUAAACUAGCUGCCUUUUUCUCGUUCUUCCUGCCUUCAUCAACCACUGCUGUCGCAGCAAAUAAACGGGAGCUCAUUAAGACACCGGCUGUCGUUCUGCAAACAUAGAAUUAAAUAAUUUCUAUGUCUGCAACAUUCCCAAGACUCAACCUGAAGCGUUCAGUCUAAUAAAGUCACAGCUGUGGGUUUUUAAAUUAGAAAAUAAGAAACUUUUACAAGUGUAGGACUCCAAAGAGAGACUUCUUUUUUAAAAAAACUAAUCCAUUUGAUACCAAAAAUCUAUGUUGUUUCUGUGUAGUCUUGUCUUUGUACUAUCUUCAUUAAUUUAAGAAAACGAUGCAAUGUGUACAUAUCCUCCAGAAGAUAGUUUCCCCUAUUUAAUUUUUGCCUUUUUGUACGUAAUUGUGUAUUUAUGAAAGAGAAUUGUAUAUAUGUCUAUGUUAUUGUGCCUAAUGUCUCGGUCAGAAUCAAGAAAUAUAUUUUUUCAUAAAUAAAUUACAAAAAUAACAUUU